AUGGCGGCCAUGGCGGCGCUGCCCCCGGGGCCGCUGUCGCCGCCUGGCGGGGGCGCGGCGGACGCGGCGGGGCCUGAGGGCGCCGAGGGCCUGUUCGUGCUGCUGGGCGCGGGGCUCGCCGCCGCCAGCCACCCCCUGCUCUACGUCAAGCUGCUCGUGCAGGUUGGGCAUGAGCCACUACCUCCAACAAUUGGAAGAAAUGUUUUGGGAAGGAAGGUCCUGUACCUGCCCGGCUUCUUCACCUACGCCAGACACAUCGUGGAAGUGGAUGGGAAAAGAGGCCUCUUCCGUGGCCUGACUCCUCGCCUCAUCUCAAGCACUUUAUCAACCAUCACCAGGGGGAGUGUGAAGAAGGCUUUUCCACUGGAAGACAUGGAGCAUGUGUCUAACAAGGAUGAUGUGAAAACUUCACUUAGGAAAGUGGUCAGAGAGACAUCCCACGAGAUGAUGAUGCAGUGUGUUUCCCGGCUUGUCUCACACCCGCUGCAUGUGAUCUCCAUGCGCUGCAUGGUCCAGUUCAUAGGCCGGGAAGUCAAAUACAGCGGAGUGUUCAGUGCCAUUGGCAGGAUAUUUAAGGAAGAAGGGAUCCUGGGAUUCUUUGUUGGGUUAGUCCCUCACAUCCUGGGGGAUGUCAUCUUCCUCUGGUGCUGCAACCUCCUGGCUCACUUCAUCAAUACCUACGCUGUGGAUGACAACUUCAGCCAGGCAUCGGUGAUCCGGAGCUACACCAAGUUCGUGAUGGGGAUCGCUGUGAGCAUGCUGACCUACCCGUUCCUUCUCGUGGGAGAUCUCAUGGCAGUGAACAACUGUGGGUUGCGUGCAGGCCUCCCUCCCUACGCUCCUGCCUUUGCAUCCUGGAUCCACUGCUGGAGGUACCUCAGUGCUCAGGGGCAGCUGUUCCGUGGCUCCAGCCUGCUGUUCCGCAGGGCGCCCAUCCCAGCCGCCUCCUUCCCCAUCGACUGACGCCUCGGCAGGGACAGCUCAUCAACGUGGACUCCUCAAGAAACCCCAGGCUUGUUUCGAUAUCUGUAUAUUUCUAUUUUCUGAUCCAAAGUCCAUGGUGCCAGAACUGACACCUCCUCUCCAGCAAGGCCAGGAACAGACUUCUGGACAUCUGGCUCAGGCUCCAGCUGGACCAAAGCUCCAUCCUCAUGGCUGUCUCAACUGGGAUGUAUAGCAGAGAGAGCAGAAAGCCGUUGUCUCUUUGAUCCAGGCUGUAGCUCUGGAGUUGCUGGGGAAGUCCAGGAAUCCAGAAAAUGCCCAGGUACUAAAGCAGCCAGCCAUGAGCUGCAGGGACAAAAGACUGCUUUGUUCUGCCUGAGCUGAAAAGCAGCAGGAGAUCCAAGGUCACCUCCCUGGGAAGGUUAUGCCAGGUGACAGCCUCCUGCCUCAUCCUUUCUGGAGAGAGCACCUUUGCCUGGCAGGUAGCUCAUCCUGGGCAAGAUCAACCUGGCAUCCAUAUUUAAGAUUUGAGGGUACCUGAACACCCAGAAGCAUCCCACCUCCCAUGGGCAGGAAAAGGAAAUUAUAGGAUCAAAACAGGGAAGGGAAACUCAGUCCUACUGCAAAGAACAGAAGAGUCCCAAAGAGAUGGGUCCAGCCCAGCUCAGGGCAGCAAUGGGAUGUGGACAUGGAGGGAGCCCUUGGGAAGGGACGUGUGCUGCCAGUGGUGCUGCUUUGGGCAGGAUUUCAGUCAUGGAAUGGGCUUUGUUUAGGAUACACCCAGCAGAGCUGUGGGCUGGGCAGGCAGCCUGCACACACUCUGGGGGAGGCAGGUGCUGGGUUGGACUGGCCUGGCUGCACCAAGGGGCAUCUCCCAGCCAGCAGCACCACGAGCCCUGCUGGGCUCCUGCUCCUGUCGCUGAUGGAAGCGGAGCUGCUGGGAUCUGAGAGCUGCUGGGAUCUGAGAGCUGCUGGGAUCUGAGAGCUGCACACAAAGGCCUUUCCUGCAGCAGGGGCAGCCUGCAGCCUGCCCAGGGCUGUCUGCAAUGAAGGGAUACACCUUGAGCUGGCCAAAGGCUGGUGAGGCAUCCGGGUCGAAGGCUUCUGGUGCUCAGUGGAGCAUGGCUGGCUCUGUGUGUAGCAGAGCUCACCAGUGGCACCAGGGCAGGAUUGAUGCUCAGCUCCCCACAUAAGAAUUUCUUUGCACCAGUCUGUGCUGUGAUGGCAGCCAGGCAGAUUUCCCCCGUUUCAGUUCCCCACGAAGCAGUCUUUUGCACAGAGGUGAUGCUGCACUCCCUGGGAAGAGGUUUAGCAUUCCUUGAGGAGGUUCCCAUGUGCUGCAGCAGCAGCAGCUGGGUCACAUCUCAUCCUGGUCCUCUGGGGACCUGCCAUCACAGGGGGCUUUUUCUCCAGCAGCCAGGGUCGAUGCACACCCCCAGGCAGGGCUUGCAGGACAGUGGUGGUGUGUGCUGGGACUGGCAGCCCCCACCCAGCUCCCUUCAGUGUCGUGAAGUUGGUCCUGUUUGUCCUCCCUCGCUCCCAGUUUGUGUUACAGUUAAAUAAUGCAUGGACCUGUUCCCUAACAGCAGAGAUGAUUUCAAAGAGGAUUUAAUUAUGCUCCAAAAUACAGUUGUAAAACAA